AUGGGAGCCCUCGAAUCAUGCAAAUACUCCGUCCGAGCCCUCAAAGAAUAUAGCCGGCAGGCAUCGAGUUCGCAGCCCCAAACGACGGUAACAACCGUGCCGCUGUUGUUUACUGAAGCUGACCUGCGGGGAAUGCACAUGCCUCACAAUGAUUGCCUCGUUGUCGAACUCCAGCUCAGAGAUGUCAAAGUAAGCAGAAUAUUAAUCGACACAGGGAGCUCGGUAAACGUCAUAUUCAAAGAAACAUUAAAGAAUAUGGAUUUUCCGGACUCCGAGAUCAAGCCUUACAUGGAAUCAUUGACCGGGUUCACCGGAGAGAAAACAAGAACAGUAGGAACAGUGAAGAUACCCAUCUAUGUCGGUGGGUCGGCCCGAAUGAUCAAGUUUUUGGUCCUCAACAAACCGGCGAUAUAUAAUGCAAUUUUGGGAACGCCCUGGCUAUUCGACAUGAGGGCCGUCGCUUCAACGUUCCAUCAGUGCGUCAAAUUCCCGACCCCGUCAGGGAUUUUCACCCUCAAAGGAAGCCAGACCGCGUCCCGAUUAUGCCAUCUCACCGAAUGCAAACUAAGUCUCGCACGGACGUGCGUCAUAAGCCCCUUUCAGGAAGGUCGUGCGGCCGCAGAGAGCCAGUUCGGUCCACCCAAACAGAACCAAGUUGACCAAGUCUGCAUCGAUCAGACAAAUCCAGAAAAGUGUGUCGGCAUAGGGGCCGAGCUCGACAACAGUAUCCGGGAAGCACUCAUCAGUUUCCUCCAGAAGAACGUCUUCACAUUCGCAUGGAAUAUCAGCGACAUGCCCGGAAUCAAUCCCGACAUCACUUGCCACGAGCUAAACAUCGACCCCACAUACAAACCUAUCAAACAGAAGAGACGCAAGCUCGGACCCGAGAAGGCGCGAGCAGUAAACGAUGAGGUCGAAAAAUUGCUCAAAGCCGGUUCGAUCACGGAGGUUCGAUAUCCGGACUGGCUAGCAAACCCGGUAGUCGUGAAGAAAAAGAAUGGAAAGUGGAGGAUCUGCGUCGACUUUACCGACCUGAACAAAGCUUGUCCCAAAGAUAGCUUCCCACUACCACACAUUGAUCGGUUGGUAGAGGCAACUGCUGGCAACGAACUGUUAUCCUUUAUGGAUGCCUUCUCGGGGUAUAACCAAAUCCUGAUGCAUCCGGAUGAUCGGGAAAAGACUUUGUUCAUUACCGAUCGAGGAAUCUACUGCUAUAAGGUCAUGCCGUUCGGCCUCAAGAAUGCGGGAGCCACCUACCUUCUCCGACUUCUAAACGGGAAGUGCAAAAACUCACAGGCCGAAUCGCCGCACUGA